AUCAAAGUUUUGGUUUUGUCUUUUUCAUUUAUGCACAGUUAAAAAAAAAAUCCCACCUUUAACUCAAUCCCCUACAGUGAAACCACACUGUAACUGAGUUACCAAAUCCAUAAAAGCCCUCUUGACUCACCUGACAAGAGUGGCAUAUUCCAAACCCACUAAGCUUUCUUCUUUUGGUUAUGUAAAAGCAUGAUUUCUUGAUCCUUCAUCAUGAAGUUUCCAAGUUUAGAGCAAGAGGGUACUUGAUUUUUUGAUUAAAAAAUGAGUGUUUCUUUGACUGUUAUGACUUUUAAUCUCCAUGAAGAUCAGCCUGAAGAUAGUCCUAAUUCUUGGCUCAAGAGAAGGGAUUUGUGUAUCAGUGUCAUCACUAGUUACUCUCCUUUGAUUAUAUGCACUCAACAAGGUGUUAAAUCACAGUUGGAUUAUCUUCAGCAAUGUUUAACAGGUUAUGAACAAUUUGGAAUAUCAAGAAAAGGACCUGAAGAUACUUCAGAUGAACACUGCACCAUCUUCUAUGACAAAGAGAAGGUAGAAAUGCUUGAAGGUGGAACCUUUUGGCUGUCAGAGUCACCUUCUGUCCCUGGAAGCAAAGCUUGGGGUUCUGAAGUUCCAUGUAUUGCAACUUGGGCGACAUUCCAAUUGAAAGGAGUUGAACCACCUGGGUUUUCAUUUCAAGUAGUGAAUACAAAAAUGGAUGAGUUUAGUCCUCGUGCCCGUAGACGAAGUGCUUUACUCACAUGGCAGCACAUUGCCUCCCUACCUCCUAGCUUGCCAGUUAUAUACUGUGGAGGAUUCAAUACGCAAAAGGAAUCAACUACAGGACGUUUUCUUCUCGGGAGAUCAAGAGAACAUGGUGUAGUGGGAGACAUGCGGGAUGCUUGGCCUAGUGCUCGGGUACGAAAAAAUGUUUCCCUUAUACGAACAUACCAUGGAUUCAAAGGUAACAAACAAGGGGCUCUUGAAUUCCUCAAACUGAUUUUCCGAGCACUUUGCCUCUGCUGGGACCGCCAAACUCAGGAUCUACACAUUGAUUGGAUACUUUUCAGAGGUAGAUCUUUGAUUCCUGUUUUAUGUGAAGUGGUGAGUGAUAACAUUGAUGGAUAUUAUCCGUCCUCACACUAUCCCAUAUUUACUGAAUUUAUGCUUCCUCGUACUGUGAGAAUGAUUGAACCACCACCAAAUACAACUCAAGAGGAAACUUAAAAAUUCCAUGUUUCAAGGUUUACUCACACCCCCCUUUUUUCACCAUUGAACACAAAGCAAAAAUGCUCAUUGUUACCUUGUUGACACACAAAUUCUGUGGUCAGAAUGCACAAUUACCUGUCAAGGAGUUUUCUCUCCAUGGCGCGAUAGGAAUGGGGAAUUGUAAGCCAGUGAUAUGGCAUAGCUUGUGAAGUAUAUUUCGAUUUUGGUGUACCUAAAGUUUGCGAUCUAUCUACUUCUCCGAAAGGGCUAUCUAGGAUGGGGGAUUAUUCAUUUGCUGUGAAAGUGUUCUUGCUAGUGUUUCAAGAAUUGUUUCUGGGAAUGCCUUCAUUUUUUUUAUCUACCAUGAUGAUUAGUAGCUCAAAUAUUAUAAAUUUUGAGCUUUAUGAAUAAUAGCUGUCUUUUUCCUUCCUCAAAUUUCCCUGUUGGCAUGAAUUGAAA